UUUUCCACAUCAUCAUGCAACGAGAGUACGAUGACGAGAUCUUCAGGGACUAUUUCAACGUUUCCGUGAUGGACGUAGCAACAGCUCUCAUGGACAAAAUUGAACUCCUUUACUCUACAGAUUACGAAACCGAAGUCAUGGACGACGGAGAGAAGGAGUUCAAUGGAGCUGAUUUGGGCGACUAUAGUCGACGUAUACGUUGUGUCAAUGGUCAGCGCGGCCGGCAUCGGCCAAGACGAGGAGAUUUUGGAAGUGCAGUCUUGCGGACAGUCCGAACCGCAGCGUGGACGGGCUGCUGCACUUCUGGACCUCGGCGACAUGUGAAGAAUGGAAACGAAGAAGCGGACUGCACCGGGAUACGGCCGGGAUACGACAGAGCGUCGGCGAAGAGAGGGAAAACCGGAUGACUGGACUGCACAGUGUCUAUUGUUCCGGUGGUCGAGCGGCAGACUAGCGUACAUCCGCGUCGUGGACGCACGUGGCGCAGCUACGUGUCCACGGCGUGGGAAGGCAUAAAACAGGCCGAACGCCUGUUCCACUGCUGCCGCCACCGAUGGGAAUAACGGCCAGCAGAAUCCCGUCCCUGCAUCUCCGCCGAGGAACGCCAGACGAGACGGCGGCAAAACGGAGGAGAGGUCAAAUCCGCGGAAAGACAAGCGGCGGUCGAAAGCGUCACGAGCUCGCGCGCGUUUUUCAACACUCGAGACCAUCGGCUGGCGGAUCCGGCGAGCACUCGGCUAACCUAACACGGACAUCAGAAUCGCCAGCGGACCCACGAAAACCGUUCCACGGUGGUGCGUGACUCCUCGGCGUGCCAGGACGAAAACAGCGGAGUCCUCCGGUUCUCAAUUCCUCGGCACGGCGCGACAGAAGACGCAGACGAGGCAAUGUCUAGGUUCCAGGACGAAAACAGCCGAAGAGUAUCAGGAUCGCCACGGUGCGGUCCGCCGAUUCUCUCCGGUUUUCGUCCAACGGUAAUCCCGCCGGCCUAGUCUUACGCCUCUGGCUGAUUUCUCAAGUAUAUGGCUGUCUUAACUCGCUCAGUGUUUUUGGUCAGCGUCGUUGUCGUAAUGUCUUACGGUCUCGUCUUCAGCACUUCGUCGUUGUCGUAGUCUUUGCACACUAGCCGCUCGCCGCCAACAAUCCAAUUUCAACAGAAUAAUGUUCCUCACUGACCACGCUCGCAACAUUUAGUUAACCAACAGUGUUUUUGUUAAAUUACAAAUCGCUAUGAAAUAUAUUGAAGUUUUGAUCGCGUGAACUUACGAAAAUGAACUGAGGUAGUUACCUAUAUAUUUACUAUAAUAAUAAAAAUAUUAAUAAUUCUAUUCUUAUUGGCCAAGAAUUUAUAAUUUUCAGUACCUACCUAAGUAAAUAAAUAUAGCAUAGUUAAAUGUCCCAUCUCACGACUGAGGAUAACUUCUAUGCAAGUGCUAUUAAAAGAUUUGUAUUUAUAGCAUUCAGUGAUGAUGUGUUUUACCGUUAGGGGGACUCUGCAUGUGUCGCAUAAUGGAGGUUCGUCGUUGCUCAUCAAGUAGCUGUGUGUUAGAUAAUAUAAAAGCAAUUAAUAAUAGGUAUAUUAUUUAAAAUUGUAUAUAACAUAAUAAUAAUAAUAUAUGUAAAUUGCAUGUUCUACUGGACACGUCAUUAUCGUACCAUUUUAAAUAAAUAAUUAAUUACCAUGAACUCAUUA